UGUGCUUUUGUAAUUGCAGCGCUCGAGGAAGUGAAGCUAGGAGAGCAAUGGCGUCAAGACAAUUCGAGGAAGAACGAGCCGAGGCAACAGCGAAGCUUGCGGCCAAAGGCGCUGGGGACAGAGAGAGAGAACGCGAGGAAGCAGGGAUUAAUACGAGUUCAGAAAGGCGAUUCAAGGAGGAACGUGCGGAGGCAGCCUCCAAGUUAGCUGCGAAGGACCUUGAAGAUGCCAAUAGAGCAAGGCACGAAGAACUAGGUGAUCGAUACACUGACCAGCAGCAGCAGAAGCCUGGUGUCAUCGGGUCUAUGUUAAGAGCAGUGCACGAUACAUACGAACACGCAAAGGAAGUUGUUGUCGGAAAGAGUCACGAGGUUGGCGAUAAAGGAGGAGAAGUGAGAGAUAUAUCAGCCGACAAGUCUCGUGGGGUUUAUGAUUCGGCCACUGAGAAGGCUAAGGAGUACAAGGACUACACUACAGAGAAGGCGAAAGAGACCACGGACUACGCAACUCAGAAAGCCAGGGAAACUAAGGAUGCAACCAAGGAAAAGGCUGGAGAAUACGCAGACUAUGCGGCUCAGAAGGCCCAAGAAACCAAGGACGCAGCUAAAGAAAGAGCAGGGUACACUGCAGAUAAAGCAAAGGGAGCUAAGGACGCGACAAUGCAGAAAGCUGGGGAGUAUACAGACUAUGCGACUCAGAAAGCCAAGGAAACUAAGGACGCCACAGUGCAAAAGGCAGGGGAGUACAAGGACUAUGCAGCAGAGAAAGCCAAACAAGGAAAGGACGCUACUAUGGAGAAGGCGGGGGAGUACACAGACUAUACAGCUGAGAAAGCUAAAGAAGGGAAGGACACUACCGUGGGGAAGCUUGGGGAGUUGAAGGACUCCGCCGCGGACGCUGCUAGAAGGGCUAUGGGUUACUUGGCCGGAAAGAAAGAUGAAGCUAAGCAGGUGGCUUCGGAGACGGCGGAAUCGGCCAAGAAUAAGGCUGCCGAGACGACGGAGGCAACCAAGCAGAAGGCUUCAGAGGCGGCCGAGUCGGCUAAGAAUACGGCUAAUGAGACGGCCGAUGCGACCAAGCAGAAGACACAAGCGGCCAUCAACAAGGCGGCGGAGACCAAGGAGGCCACCAAGAAGAAGACCGCAGAGGCGACGGAAGCGGCUAAGAAUAAGACUGCAGAAGCCACUGAAGUAGCCAAACAGAAAGCUGCAGAGACAAAAGAGAAUACCAAGGAAAAACUGAGUGAAACAGACGAGGAGGCAAGGCGGAAAAUGGAAAAGCUAAAGGUGCAAGGAAAAGAGUACAGGGACAAAGCAAGCCGAAAAGCCAGUGAAUCCAAGCUCGAGGGUGAUGGGGAGAGGGAAGCGAGGGGACAGAAGGUGGUGAUAGAUGUGAGAGAAAGCCGGCCAGGACAGGUGGCGGCUACGCUGAAAGCAUCGGAUCAGAUGGCGGGACAAACCUUCAACGAUGUGGGACGCUUGGAUGAUGAAGGCGUCACCCGCUCCGACCGCCGCGAGAAAAUGUGAUCCAGGCUUGCCACUGUUAGCGGACACAUACGCACACAUAUUUAUAAAUAGCAAUUAAUGUGUCCUCGGUGUUGCUUCCUUUUUGAUCCCAUAUUGCGUUAGUUACAU